AUGUUCGCCCGAUCCCGCGCUGUCUUGCGCUCGUCGCGCAUUGUGCACUCCUCUGUGCACCAAACCAUCGCUUGCCGCGCGCCGGCGGCGCGCCUCCUCGCGCCGGCGCUCAACAAGCCCAAGUUCAUGAGCUCGGUCGCGGCGACGCUUGAGAACGUGGCGGCGAACCGCCCGAUCGCCUUUUGGCUCUUUGGCUGCGCCGGCAUGGUUGGCACGAUGGUCGCAGUGGGCGGUGCGACGCGCUUGACGCGCUCGGGCCUCUCGAUGGUCACGUGGAAGCCGCACGGCGGUCUCCCGCCCAUGACUGCGGCAGAGUGGAACGAAGAGUUUGAGCUCUACAAGACGUUUCCCGAGUGGCAGACGCGCAAGAACAUGACGGUCGAUGAGUUCAAGGGCAUUUACCUUUGGGACAUCUAUACGCUCCACACCCUGCGCUUUGCUCGCCCUCUCAACUCGGUCUUCCACCGCAUCAAGCCCAAGAAGCCGUAA